UCCAUGGAAGAUCUUGAAGGCUACAUCAUCCUCACCCUUGUGAUCUGUCUAGUCUCAACCGUCCUGGCCCGAGCCAUACUUGCCAAAGCUCGGACCAAGGCUCGGCUUCCACCGAGUCCGCCUUCUCUUCCAAUCAUUGGACACCUUCACUUGGUUGGUUCAAUACCACACCAAAGUUUCCAAAAACUGUCAAACAAAUAUGGACCCUUGAUUCAUAUCUCUCUUGGCUAUGUCCCUUGUGUGGUUGUUUCAUCACUAGAAAUGGCCAACGAGUUCCUUAAGACCAAUGAAUCUUCAUUCUUGGACCGCCCUCAGUUCAUUAAUAUUAUGAACCUUUCUUAUCCCUCAGCUGAUUUUACUUUUGCACUUUAUGGACCUUAUUGGAAGUUUAUGAAGAAAAUAUCCAUGACUCAGCUUCUUGGGGGCCAAACAAUGGACCAACUUCUCCCCAUUAGGCAUGAAGAGCUUAAAGGAUUCAUGAACUUGAUGCUCAGAAAGGCGGAUCGAAAGGAAGCCAUUGAAGUCGAUGUAGAGCUCGCGAAGCUAAUGAAUAAUGUCAUAUCGAGAAUGACUAUGAGCCAAAAGUGUUCCGAUGAUGACAAUGAAGCCGAAGAGAUUAGGAAGUUGGUGAGAGAGACAACCGAGAUCGCCGGAAGAUUUAACUUGUCGGAGUAUAUUUGGUUUUGUAAGAAUUUUGAUUUUCAAGGUCUUGAGAAGAGGUGUAAGGAAAUUCAUGACAGAUUUGAUGCUAUGAUGGAGAAGAUUAUAAAAGAGCAUCAAGAGGCAAGGAAGGAGGAGAAGGGUAGAAGUGAAAAAGUCAAGGAUUUGCUUGAUAUUUUACUUGAUAUACAAGAAUGUGAGAACUCAGAAAUCAAGUUGAAGAAGGACCACAUAAAAGCAUUCAUAAUGGACAUGUUUGUAGCUGGGACAGACACAACUGCCAAAGCAAUAGAGUGGGCAUUAGCAGAGCUAAUAAACCACCCAAAUAUCAUGAACAAAGCAAGAGAAGAAAUCUAUAAUGCGGUUGGGAAAACCCGACUAGUAGAAGAGUCAGACAUUGCUAACCUUCAUUACCUCCAAGCCAUAAUGAAAGAGACAUUGAGGCUUCAUCCAACAGGCCCAAUGAUCUUGAGAGAGUCAUCCAAGAAAUGCACAACUAGUGGCUAUGAAAUCCCGGAGAGGACCCGGUUGUUCGUCAACACGUGGGCUAUCGGGAGAGACCCCAAGUACUGGGAAGACCCACUUGAGUUCAAGCCGGAGAGGUUUCUUGGCGAAGAAGGCGGUGGAAAAACCGUGUUGGAUGUGAGGGGACAACAUUUUCAGCUUUUGCCAUUUGGGAGCGGAAAAAGGUUAUGCCCCGGAACCUCGCUUUCUAUGCAGGUCAUUCAGACAACUCUUGCUUCAAUGAUUCAGUGCUUUGAGUGGAAGGUUGAUGGAAGAAAUGGCACUACUCUUGACAUGGAAGAGGCACCUGGGUUGACUCUCCAAAGGGCUCAUCCCUUGGUCUCUGUUCCAGUUGCUAGGCUAUGUCCAAUGCCACUUUGA